AGCGUUGCGUUACCUUGCCGGGCUCUCAGGGCCAGUACGCGUCUGACCACGCCGCUGAAAGCAUCCUUCUGUUAACACGUACAGCCUCGUCGGGCGAGAAGCCGGUUUUGCACAACGUAACAAAAUGCCGAAUUGUCCAAAGUGCGACAAGCCUGUGUACUUCGCCGAGAGGAAGACAUCCUUAGGCAAAGAUUGGCACGGUUCGUGUUUACGCUGCGAGAAAUGCAAUAAGACCUUAACACCCGGGGGUCAUGCCGAGCACGAAGGGAAACCCUACUGCAAUCACCCUUGCUAUUCAGCUCUGUUCGGUCCAGGAGGUUUUGGACGUGGCGGUGCUGAAAGUUAUGUCUACAAUAAAAAAGUGUAAAUGUAAAAGCAGUUUACUUUAAUUAAGACAAUUGAACAAUUUCGAGUACAAGGAGCAGCUUGGACACUUAAAUAUAAAAUAACGAUCACUUUUGUUAGUUAUGUAUACGUAUACGUAAAUAUCUCUAUUUUCUACAGGAUAUUUCAGGGAUGUAUGUUAUUGAAUAUAAAAUAAUGAUACUACACAAAUAACAAUUAGAAAGUAAUUAUA